AUGGCGCCAUUCUUUGACAGUAAUAGUGCCAUUCUCAUUUCUUUCUUUUGCUGCCUGAUUAUAUCUAAGAUCGCUUGGGAAUUUCUAUUCUCCCCAUUGAGACAUUUCCCCGGCCCCGUCACUGCUAAGUUCACGAACUUCCAUCGUGCAUUUGAGGCCUACUCGGGGCAUAUCGACAAGCAAAAUAUAGAUUCGCAUCGCAAGUAUGGCAUAGCUGUUCGAAUUGGCCCAAAUACCAUCAGUUUCAGUGAUCCAUCUUUGAUUGGGACAAUAUAUACAACCAAGAAUGCUUGGCUUAAGAGUGAUAUGUACAGGCCUAAUGAUGUCCUCCUUCAAGGAAAGCGGAUGUCAAAUUUCUUCAAUACCGCAGAUACCUCGUGGCACGACAAAUACAUGAAGCCUGUCAGGGGUCUUUGGACCAUGACAAAGGUUCUGGAAGUCGAGACCUUAAUCGACGAGACUUUGGAGAGGCUCAUCGAGAAGCUGAGCACCAGUUUCGCGGAUGUAUCGAAAACUUGCAUGAUGGAUGAUUGGCUAGCAUAUUUUGCUUGGGAUGUAACAGCCAAUGUCAAUUUUGGACGACCGUUUGGAUUCAUUGAUCAAGAAAAGGAUGUCGACGACCUCAUUGGUGAUUCUACGAGAGGGCUUUACUACUUUGCCCCUGUUAGUCAAAUCCCGUGGAUUGACAACUUCCUCGAUAAGAAUCCAAUCAUUCGAAUUGGCCCUAAGCCAACUUUGACAGGAGUUAUAUACACCUUUAAAGUUGUCGCCCAAUACCAACAAGAACUCUUAUCGCCCGGUCACAAAUCCAAACCCGUUAAUCACUUCCUCAAUAAAUAUCUUAAGCUCAAAGAAACGAAUCCGGACCUCGUUGACGACAGUCAAAUCGUAAACUAUCUCAUGCUCAGUAUUCUCGCAGGCGGCGAUACCACCUCAUCCAUCAUGCGGGCUGUUGUAUACUAUCUCUCUAAAAGUCCAUCCGCCUAUACAAAACUCACAGACGAGCUGUACAAUGCAAACCUCUCGCUACCAGCACAAUGGAAAGACAUCCGUGAUCUUCCUUACUUGAACGCAGUUCUCCGUGAGAGUAUACGUAUGAAUCCGGGUAUCGCUAUGAUAUUAGAGCGAGUCGUUCCCGAGUCUGGUUUUACCCUCCCGGAUGGUCGAUAUAUUCCUGGCGGAACAAACGUGGGCAUUAAUCCUGCAGUCACAAAUCAUGAUCAAAAUGUCUUUGGGAUAGACGCUGAUUCUUUCAAUCCUGACCGGUGGCUAAAGGAGGAAGGGGAGAGCCAACAAGCUUUUGAUGCACGCUAUAAACAUAUGGCUAGCAUCGUGGAUUUUACAUUUGGUGGUGGAAGUCGAGUGUGCAUGGGAAAACAUUUGGCCCAGUUGGAAUUGUGGAAGUUGUUUGCUACUUUAUAUAGUAUCUUUGAUAUCAAACUUACGGAUCCCGAACACACAUGGAAGUACCAUGAUGCCUGGUUCGUUUAUCAAUGGGACAUACCUAUGAUAGUUUACCGUCGGGCUCGAAGUCGUACCUCAACAACUUGA